UGGGCGAUCUGGGACAUGCGUGGGUGGUGCUUCAGCCUCAGAUCACGGAAGUUGGUGGUGAUGCUGGGGCAACUGCGGAUCCCGGUACUGUGCUCUGCGCGCGUCCCAGGAGACAAAGGUUCGAUCGCUAGGAUGGGAAGAUGCCCUGGAGAAGUGAAUGGCAACCCACUCGAGUAUUCUUCCUGGGAAGUCCCAUGGACAGAGGAGCCUCUCAGGAUCUCAGGCCCCUGCCUGUGCCUGGAGGAGAGCAUGGAAAAGCAGGAUGAGAAGCCCCAGGGGCCCCUGAAGGCCUGCGUGCAGGACUCUCUCCUUCCUCAGGAGAUUAUCAUCAAGGUUGAGGGAGAAGAUGCCGGGUCACUGGCCGUCCCAUCCCAGGAGGGAGUGAACUUCAAAAUAGUGACUGUGGACUUCACUCAGGAAGAAGAAGGCACUUUGAGCUCUGCUCAGAGGACCCUGGACAGAGAUGUGAUCCUGGAAAACCACAGGGACUCUUGGGACUCGGCAACUGCACUUGGAAGAAGAGAAUCGAGAUUGAAGCAGAGCAUUUUUGAUGACAAACUCUCCCCUAGCGUGAAGACAGAAAAGUUGACAAGAGAUGAUCCUUGGUUAUCUUCAUGUGAAGAAUUUCAGGAUUGUAAAGAGCUAUUGGAGAAGCAGCAGGAAAAACGAGAGAGACUUUUAAAGGAAGUGACAUUUACUCACAGGAAAGCCAUUGCUCAUGAGAGACACUGCAAAAAUGAUAGCCCUGAGGAGAAGGCUGGUCUGAAUUCCAGUCUUCUUUCAUCACAGAUGAUACCCAUAAGAAACCAUUUUCAUAAACAUGCUUCACAUGUUAAAAAAUUGCAUUAUAAUUCUAUGGUAAACACUCAUCAGAUGAUUACAAACAGUGAGAAACUCUGUGAACAUAAUGAAUUUGGAAACCUCCCCCAGAGUAUUCAUUUUUUUCAGUUUACAAGAACUCAAACAGAAGAGAAAUCCUAUGGAUUUAGUGACAGUAUUCAACCUUUUAACCAUGGUACACCCUUAAACAUACACGAGAAAAUACAUGCACAAGGAAGAUCCUUUGAUUUUAAGGAAUGUGGGCAAGUUUUGAACCACAGCAUAUCCCAUAACGAACAGAGAAACUCCAUUGGAGAGAGUCAGUAUAAAUGUCGUAAGACCUCCCAGAGUUCAUCCCUUGCUCAAAACGUGAGAAAUCAUUCUGAAGAGAAGCCCUUUGAAUGUAAUCAGUGUGGGAAAUCCUUCAGUUGGAGCUCUCAUCUUGUUGCACAUCAGAGAACUCAUACAGGGGAGAAACCUUAUGAAUGUAACGAAUGUGGGAAAUCAUUCAGCCGCAGCUCUCACCUUGUUUCCCAUCAAAGAACUCAUACUGGAGAGAAACCAUAUAGAUGUAAUCAGUGUGGUAAAUCCUUUAGCCAGAGCUAUGUCCUUGUUGUGCAUCAGAGAACUCAUACUGGAGAGAAGCCUUAUGAGUGCAAUCAGUGUGGAAAGUCAUUCAGACAGAGCUACAAACUUAUUGCACAUCAAAGAACUCAUACUGGAGAGAAGCCCUAUGAAUGUAAUCAAUGUGGGAAAUCAUUUAUCCAGAGCUAUAAACUUAUUGCCCAUCAAAGAAUUCAUACUGGAGAAAAGCCCUAUGAAUGCAAUCAAUGUGGAAAGUCUUUUAGUCAAAGUUACAAACUUGUUGCCCACCAGAGAACUCACACAGGAGAAAAACCCUUUGAAUGUAAUCAGUGUGGAAAAUCCUUCAGCUGGAGCUCUCAACUUGUUGCACACCAAAGAACUCACACUGGAGAGAAACCCUACGAGUGUAAUGAGUGUGGGAAAUCUUUCAACCGCAGUUCUCACCUUGUUAUGCAUCAGAGAACUCAUACUGGAGAGAAACCCUAUGAAUGUAAUCAGUGUGGGAAGUCUUUCAGCCAGAGUUAUGUCCUUGUUGUACAUCAGAGAACUCACACUGGAGAAAAGCCCUAUGAGUGCAGUCAGUGUGGAAAAUCCUUCAGGCAGAGUUCAUGCCUUACUCAACAUCAGAGAACUCAUACUGGAGAGAAACCCUAUGAAUGUAAUCAGUGUGGAAAAACAUUCAGCUUGAGUGCUCGACUUAUUGUACAUCAAAGAACUCAUACUGGAGAGAAACCCUUUACAUGUAAUCAGUGUGGGAAAGCUUUCAUUAAUAGUUCUAAACUUAUUAGACAUCAGGCAACUCAUACAGAAGAGAAACCCUAUGGAUGUAACUAGCUUGGAAAUCUUUCAGCAGAGUAUAUCCCUUCCUCGCCUCCCUCUCUCCCUCACUCUUUCCCUUUCUCCCUUUAGCCCCUCAUUCCCUUGUUCCUUCCUUCCAUUCCUCCAGGAUUACAUGUAUUGGAAAAAACAAGCAUGAAAAUAGUAUGUGGAAAAAGAGCUUUCUGUUAGCUCUCUGUUCAACUGUGUAUCUGAAAACUCUGGAGAAGAAAGAGAAAAAGUAUGAAUCAUGUAUUUUACUUAGCUAUUCCAUGUUUUAAAAAAAUCAAACUUGACCCUUGUUAAACAUUCCCAUGAGAGUGAUAACUCUUGGCACUUUUCCUUGCAGAAAGCACUUCGACCUGAAUUUGAGAGAAUUAUCAAAAAUGGGCAAUAUGCUGUGGAGUGAUUGCCAGUGAGGUAGACAUCUUUUCCAAUAAAGAAUAAAUGAGAGGGGA